GCGAGAGUGGAAUCCAGGCGGGGAGAGGAGGAGCCAGAGCCCAGGAGGCGGGGCGCCCAGGAGGAGGAGCCAGGACAGGGAGGCGGGGUGGGACACACCCAUAACCCAGGAAGAAGAUCUGUGGCAAAAGUCUGAGCCCAGAAAGCCGAUUGGGGCGGAGCUGGAGUCAAAGAGGUGAGAAGAACUCCAUAUGAAACUGUGCUGCCAGUGUGCUCGGGAACAGUGGGACCAUUCAUGCUGGGAGGCUGACUUCUGCUGUGCGUCAACCCAGGUGGCAUGUGACUAUACGUCUGGUUGUGGAGGGGCUGGAGGGCCUAGCAAGAGGCUUUGAACCAAACCACAGUUGCUGGAUUCUGCUCCCUCUGUCCUAAACAACCAGGGCUCUCGGUGGAGCCAACCCUGGCCAGGUAUGUAAAUUGCCCUCCUAAAAUCCAGCCCUUGGUCAGUUACUUCUGCAAGAUGCUCUGAGAACCUGGUGUCUCAUGGGGCGUUUGGUUGGCCCAGUUAGUGUGCAUGGAGGGCCACGUGUGCCCAAAGACCAGUUGUCUAAAGGUGGAGUUUCUGGCUUCUCACCACCCCAGCUGACCAUCCUGUGUUGGAUGUGGGUGUGAGGAUGGGUGUGGGGAGAGGAGGCUUCUGGGACGAUGGAUGAGACCUAGUGUCAGGGCCACGUGUGACCCUUAAGUCACUUCCCUUGGCCCUUCCACCACUAUCUCUCUAGAGGUCUGGGGAGGGGGAGGAUCAACCCAAGAAUGCUAACUUUCCAGAUUUGCUUUUGGGGCUGGCCCUGCCCAAAUCUCCUCCCCCAGAAAUGCAAAUCUAGGCCACCUUGGGUAGGACAAGGUUGAUUCUGCCCUCUCCUUGUUAGCAGAGCCCCUGUCCCAGGGCCAGGGGAUGAAGGGCUGUUUAAAUCUUGACUCUGCAGUUUCCCACUGUGAGACUUUGAAUGAAUCCCUUCAUUUUGGGGAGCUCUCUGUCAGGAGCUGCAGCCCUCCUCAGAAUCUGAUAACAGAUGUCAGUGACCUGGUACACAUGAGUGCUGCUGGCCGGGCACGUGCUGGAAACCCUUCUCCCCAUGGCUGUCCCCUGCCUGGCCUCCUCUACCAAGCCUGGUGGGCAUAGGGCCUGGCCUGUGGCUCUUGGUCUGAGGGUGUCCCCUGAUGCUUAUGAGGGCUGGAAAAGCCCAUCUGAGCUCCCUCCGGAGGGUCCUGUACCCAAGGCCAGAUGCAUCAGGUGGAAAAGUGAAGGCUGCAUCUCCCAAGGACUGGGGUAUGGCAAAGUGAGUGUGCACUGAUCAUGCCAGGCAGACACUACUGAGCGAGCAGGGAUCCAGCCUGCCAUGACGAUCUACAGGGUUUCUGGGCCCAGUGGUAAUGCCAGGACUCUGUGGGGUGAUUGGGGUUACUUUUCCAUAAUUAUAUUUGUGGGACUUUGUUUUGAGUUCAUUUGGGGAUGUAAUGUGAUGUUCCUUUCAGUGUGGACUAAGUCCCAGUGCUCACCCCCUCCCUUCCCUACCCCAUCCCACAGGCGGAGUCUUGUGCUCUUGGGGAAAAAUUCAGACCCUCAUCUGAGGGAGGACGCACAGCCCAGGCCAACCGAGGGAGGAGGCACACUUAAGGAGGGUCUAAACUAAGGAAGACACUGAUAUGCUAUGUUACUUAUUCACCAAAUAUUUCUUGAGCACCUGUUGUGUGCCAGGCACUGUUCUCGAGGCUUGGGAAUCUUCAGGGAACAAGAUGUACCCCAAACUCCCACCCACAUGGAGUUUAAAUUCUAAUGGAAAGAAAAGAGACACUGUAAUAAAUGUAAGGAGUGAAUUGUGUAGCAUAUUAGAAGAUGCAAGAACAGUUUAAAAAUAGGGUUCAGAAAUUCAGGAACGGGAGAGGGCUAAAGUUAAAAGGUCAGGCUGGGUCUUACAGGGAAAGUGACAUUUGAGCAGAGACUUACAGGACAGGAGAGAGGGGGCCAUUCAGAGAUAUUUUGGGAAGAGGAUUCCAGGCAGAGGGGAGGCAGUGCCCAGGCCCUGAGGCAGGACUGUGUCUGGUGUAUUGGAGCUGGUGUGGCUGGAACAGAGGGAGCGAGGGGGAGGGGUAUGAGAGAGGCCGAGAGGUAACAGGGACCAAGUCCUGCUGGGCCUUCUAAGUGUGUCUACUUCUACUAGGGGAGAAGUGGGGAGCACUUGGAAGUUUUCAAGUCAAGGAGGGACAGGAUCUGACUCACAUUUUAAAAGAAUCACUCUGGCUGCUGGCAGGGGGAGUGUCAUGAAGGGACAAGAGUUGAAGCAGGGAGCCCAAUGAAGAGGCUCUUGCAAUAAUUCAGGUGAAAAUGGACAGUGGGUCAGACCCUGGUGAUAGAAGUUGGGGUCAUGAGAAGCGGGAGGAUUCUGGAUUCAUUUGGAUGGGAGAGGCAGCAGGAUUGACCGGUGGGAGCUGUGAAAGGCAGGGAGCUGUGAAAGGCAGUGACUGUAGGUUUUUGGCUUGCGCCGCUGGAAGGAGGGAGAUCCCAGAAGCUGGCAUGGGGGAGGCUAGGGGAGAGAAGACUCUGCUGUGGACACACGUUUGAGGUGCCUUCAGACAGCCAAGUGAGAUGUCACAUAUGAGAUGGAUGCACAAGUCUGGGAUUUUAGAGAUGUGGACUGAGGAUAAAAUUUGGGACAUGGUUCAAAACAUUUUUAAAAUGUUCAUAAGCCCUCACAUAGAGCUGGUGGGAGUCUACUCUGGGAUAAUCUUUCUGGGGUGGCAAUCUAGCGAUAUCUCAGGUAUUAAAAUGUACAUAUGCUUUGGCCAGGCAAUUUGUGUUCUGUGAUAUCAUCUGUAUUCUAUGUACAGAAAUGUAGUACAAGGUGAGGUUCAUUAGCAGGGACCUGGUUAAAUAACUUACAAUAUUUCCAUACAGUGGGUUCCCCUGCAUCUUCAUACAAAAACAAAAACAAAACAAAAAAAUAGUGCUCUAUGCGUUGCUGUGAGAAAAAGCAAAUUGCAGGGCAAUAUAUAUACAAUAUAUUUAAUGCGUAAUAUAAUGUCAUUUGUGCUUUCUAAAAAUUAAAAAAAAAAGAUUUGUAGUUAUUGGUGUUCGUUCAGGCAGAAACUAACUAGAAGGAUACAGGAAUAAUCCAAGGAAAGAGACUGACAGGAGGACACUUACUUUUUAUUUUUUAUGUCCUAUCUGAAUUUUAUUUUUACCAUGGUGACUUUUGAAAUCUAAAAGCAAAAAUCUUUUGAAAUAUAACUUUUGAAAUUUAAAAGCAAAAAAAAAAAAAGUAAAGGCCAAAAAUGUGUGUGGGAACACAGAGAUAAACAGACAAAAAAUCUGGUCUACAGAACAGGUUAUGAAAUGAAAAAGGCAGCUCAAGAAAUUCCCUUGGUGCUAACAACAAUGUCCUCAGAGGUGAGGGAGCUGGAGCCCUUUGUUACUGGUGCAGGGUUGGAGCCAUUCAUUUAUUCAGUUAGUCACAGAGCAAACAGAAACUGGUUACUGGGCACAGUGGAAUCAGGGGUAAAUCCAGCCCAACAGGCAGAGAGAGUCUGGUAGCAGAGGGAGACCAGGGUGGAGAUGGGGGAGGCAGAGGCAAGGGCGAGCGAGGGAUGAGAGUGUGUCCUUAAGAGGGAAUGGGCAGCAGCAGGGACCGCUGAAAGGUCAAGGAAGAUGAGCAUAGAGGAGGACCUGGAGGUUUGCUGGAGACCUUGGCCUGGACAGAGCACAAGGGGCUAAAGCCAGAGGGUGGAAGGGGUAAUAGAAAAAGGGGACACCUCUCCCAGACUGGGUCAGAUUCCCCGUGACCUUCUCUGAGGCUGUUUGGAGGCAGGAUAUAGAGGACAAAAGUGAUGGCAAGAAUCCAUUGUCCUGCCCUUCCCUAGGGUAGGGAAGGGAGCCAGAGGGCCUCCACAAGACCACCCAGUUUGGGCAGGCCCACUCCUAACACUAGAGCAAUGGAGGCCCCCAGACUGUUCUCCUUCUCCCCUGGCCAUCACUCCUUCCUGCAUCGUGGGGGGCCUUGCAUGCACGUGAACAAUGGGACAAACCAGCCCACUUGCCCAAGCUCCCUCCACCUCCACCUCCCGCCAACAUUACCCGUUCGUGCACGCACUGGUCAGCAAUGGGAGGAAGGCCUGAAACAAGCGGCCUACACAGGGUAAAUGAGCCCUGUAAAUGGACUCAUGAUGUCUGGGCAGGCAUAGGGCAUGUCACACUGGCCUUGUCGCCUCCUCAAUCUGGAGCAGGCUGCAGCUCAAGGGAGUCAGAGCAGGAUCCUCCCAAGUACACAGACCAGAACAGGGACUCUGGCUUCCCAGCUCUGAGGGUGGAAGAGACCUUGGAAAUUAUAAAUGAGGGAGCCAGGCCCAAUCAAGGGAAGUGGAAGUGGUCCAGGUCUGUGGGCGAGCAUCCCUGGCCUCAUCUCAGGAAGUGGCUUUCAGGCUAUAAGGCACACAGAACUCACCCCAGCAGUAAAAAGUGGCUGCUAGUAUCACUUGUGAGCAGAAGCCACACGGUGCCAAGGAUGACAGUCCAUGUGAUGUCAGGUUGCUGCAGUAGACAAGUAUAGGCCUUGCCCUGUCUCAGUGGGUGAUCUCAUCACCCACCUGCUCACACACCCAGGACAUUUGGGAGUCAUUCUUGGCUCUUCUCUCUCACUCUUGUCAUCCAUUAGUGAGCCUUGUUAAUCCUACCUUUCAGAUCUAUCUCCAGUCAGUUCCUCUCACUCGAAUCCCAGUGCCCUCCAUCCCUGUCCUAAACCCUGCAGGAGUUUCCUCAUCGAGUUCCCUGAUGCCCUGUCCAAGUCUGUUCUCACACAGCAACCAGAGUGAUUGCCGUAAAACACAGAGCUGACCAUGACACCCCCAGCCUAAGAUCCUUGAUGGUCCUCCUACUGUUCUCAGAAUAAAGUUUAAAUUCCCUACUGUUGCUAACAAACCCAUUCAUGAUCUGGCCCUUUCCUAGCUGUGUCCUCAGCUCUCUGUGUUCCACCCCUGAGCUUCUUACAUUUAUUUCCUCCCAGCAGUACACUCUCCCAGCUUUAGCACAAUGGGGGGGGGGGGCGUUUUCCUUCUCUCCUGGCUUACUCCUCAUUCUUUUUCCUUUUUUUUCCCACUUAAAAAUUAAAGUAUAAUUUAUGUACAGUUAAAUUCACCCUUUAUCAUGUACAGUCCUGUGAGGUUUGACAAACCCAUAGUUUUGUAACCACCACUGCAAUCAAAGUAUAGAACAGAUCCAUCACCCCCCAAAAUUCCCUCAUGCUCCUUUGGAGCCAGCACUAGUGCCCAUCGCCAGCUCCUGGUAGCCCCUGAUGUGUUUUCAGGUUUGCACUUUAUAUAAAUGGAUGUCCUAUAAAUGGAAUCAUUCAGUAUGUGUGUGUCACCUUUUGAGAAUGGUUUCAUUUACCUCGUACAAUGCAUUUGAUACUCAUCUAUGCUGUUGUGUGUAUCACUAGUCUUGUGUGUUUCAUCUUUUUUUGUUGAGAGUGUUCCAUUGUACAGAUGUACCACAAUUUAUUUAUCCUUCCACCAGUGGGUAGGACAUUUGGUUUUUUUUUCAGUUUUGGGAAAUUAUGGAUAAAGUUGCUAUAGACAUUUUUGUAAAGGGUUUUGUGUGCACAAACGUUCUCAUUUCACUUGGAAAAGCACCUAGGAGUGGAACUGCUGUAUGUGAAACUUUAUAAGAAACUGCCAAACUGUUUUUUUCAGAGCUGCUAUACUAGUUUGUAUUCCCAUUGCAAUAUAUGAGAAUUUGAAUUGCUCCACAUCCUCACCAGGAUCCAUUUGGUUCAUUCACCCAUUCAUUCAAUUUCUUGACAUUCUACUAGUGUGUAGUGGUGCUGCAUUGUAGUUUUAGUUUCCACUUCCUUGAUGACUAAUGACGGUGAGUCUACUUAUUCUUUGAAAUCUCUGCUUGGUCUUCUACCAAAAAAACCCACUGUACGCCCUCCCUCUGUAGACUAAGUUCCUGUCCUUUGUGGUUCCAUGACAACCAAUAUUUAUCUCCAUCUUGGCCUUAACCCACUAAUUAAUAACUGUUGAACAAAUUAGAGAAUGGACAGUUGAAGGUAAGUAGGAAGAAGCUUUUGCAAUCAGACUGGCCUGGCUGUGCCAAUUAACCUUUUCUCCACUGGUGCCUCACACUAAGCUUAUCGUGGUAAACGCGAUACUGCUGUGCGAAUGUAUGUGAUGAUGACGAAUUGACAGCACCUUGGAAAAAGGCAAAGCGGAAGAGGCCGGCCGGAAGCGGAAGUGCGGCGCUGAGUUAUCGGUGUCUCAGUUGCCAUGGAGACUGGAAGGGGCGACCGGCAGCCGGCGGACUCUGGGUCUUACGCGUUCGCCGGGGCAACGUGGACCCCAACCCAGCGUCUGGCCCGGACUCGCAGCCCCAGCCAGUCCACCCGGCUGUCCUCCCUCGCCUACUCCGAGUCCUUCCACUACGGCUUCGGGGGCCGGCCCCGCCGCGUCUCGCCGCUCGCGCCCUCGCCGCUCCCCGAGCCUCACCUGCUGCGUCUGCGCCCCACCUCGCUGCGCACCCAGGACAUCUCGUACUUGCUCACCGGCAUCUUUCGCAAUUUGUACACCGCUGAGGUAAUCGGCGAGGAGGUGAGCGCGAGUUUGAUCAAGGCCCGCGGCAGCGAGGAUGCGCGGCACGAGGAGUUCGUGGACCAGCUGCAGCAGAUUCGGGAGCUCUAUAAGCAGCGGCUGGAUGAGGUUGAAAUGUUGGAGAGACACAUCAUUCAGGCCCGCGCACGGGCCCUUGCAGAGAAAGAGCGGGCCAUGCACCAGGCCAAAGUACAUGUCCUUGAGCACUUCAUCAAGAUGCCUCCAGUGAAGACUAUCUUCAGACGGUGUGUGGACAAUGAACUGCUACAGAAACAUCACUUGAUCUGCCCAGACGAUUACUACAGCGAUACAGUGCCAUUUUGCUCUGCACCUAAAGGCAACUUUGUCCCUGGAUACUCAAAACCGACAUUUAGUUGUGAACAACGUUUCGCCCCAAAGAAAGAGCUGACCAAGAAACUGGCAUGCCGGAAGAUGCGCUCUCAGUCCGAAGACGAGCUGGACUUCACUAUGGACAGCCUGACGUGGGCCUCAUCUUUCAGGGCCAAACUCAGGUCCAGAGAAACUGUCAAGAAAACAGGUUCACAAAAGAAUAAAAGAUGGAUGAACCAUUUACGGGUGCCACAGAGGCAGCAGGAGCGGCUUCUGCUCGCCAGGAUGGAGAGUCGGAACCGCUUCCUGAAAAACCCUCGCUUUUUCCCCCCUAACACUCCGUAUGGGGGCAAGUCUCUUCUCUUUCCUCCGAAGAAGCCGGCACCAACAGGACAGUCCCAGAAUGGAGAGCUGGAACAGAGUUGUGCUGACACUCCAGUGUUUCUAGCCAAGCCAUCAAUUGGAUUUUUCACAGAUUAUGAAAUUGGGCCAGUUUAUGAGAUGGUGAUCUCGCUGCAGAACACCACGUCGACCAGCCGCCACGUGCGAGUCAUCCCACCAUCCACACCGUACUUUGCACUGGGAUUGGGAAUGUUCCCCGGAAAAGGUGGAAUGGUGGCUCCCGGGAUGAGCUGCCAGUAUACUGUCCAGUUUUUUCCUGACUGUCUUGGGGAUUUCGAUGAUUUUAUUUUAGUGGAGACCCAAUCAGCCCACACGCUCCUGAUCCCCCUGCAGGCCCGGAGGCCACCCCCAGUGCUGACAUUGUCUCCGGUGCUGGACUGUGGUUACUGCCUCAUUGGGGGAAUGAAGAUAACCAGAUUCGUCUGCAAAAACGUGGGCUUCAGUGUGGGCAAGUUCUGCAUAAUGCCGAAAAAGAGCUGGCCGCCGCCGAGCUUCAGAGCUGCUGCAACUGUUGGCUUUGUCGAGCAGCCUCCCUUUGGAAUCCUCCCGUCGGUGUUUAAGCUGGCCCCUGGCCAGGCCGUGUUCAUGGAGGUCUUGUUCCUCCCAACCAGCCUAGGAAAGGCAGAGCAGACCUUCGUCAUCGUGUGUGACAACUGCCAGAUAAAGGAGGUGGUGACCACAGGAGUUGGGCAGCUGGUUGCUUUGGAUCUGAUCUAUAUUUCUGGUGAAAAAAGCCAGCCAGAGCCAGGAGAGCUCACAGACUUAACAGCCCAGCAUUUCAUACGCUUUGAGCCUGAAAACCUCCAGUCCACGGCCAGCAAACUCCUGAUUAUUAAAAAUGCCACGCUCCCCCAUGGGAAGGGUCUGAAGGCUGACCUGGCCACUCCCUGCUCCUGGGUCCUUUCCUGCUCACCCCAGGGGCCCGGCCAGGCCAGGCAGGGGUGGGAGCGCCUGGUCCUGACAGAGAAGAGACAUGGCCUUGGAUCCACUGCCAACUGUCAAAGUUGCCCCCACAGUCACGUGGAGCUGGCCUUCCACUGGCAGAUCAUGAAGCCCAACCUGCAGUCCCUCAUGCCUGGAGAAGCGUACAGCACAGACAGCAUCCAGUACCACCCCGACCGCGAGACCGCCUUCUCCAUCACGCCUGAGAGGGGUGUGCUCAACCCCCACGCGGACCACGAGUUCAUCUUGAGCUUUUCUCCUCGUGAGCUGAGGAAUUUUCACAGUGUGUUCCAGAUGGUGCUAGAGGAAGUCCCAGAGCCCAUGAGCUUGGAUUUGGAAAACCUGAAGGAUCCCUCAUACUCUGUGGAUGAUGUGAUUGUCCUGGAAGUCGAGGUGAAAGGCUCAGUAGAACCUUUCCAGGUUCUCUUAGAACCGUAUGCCCUCAUCAUCCCCGGGGAGAACUACAUUGGCAUAAACGUGAAGAAAGAUUUUAAGAUGUGGAACAACAGCAAGUCGGCCAUCAGAUACACGUGGGGCAAGAUCAGUGACUGCCACAUCAUUGAAGUGGAGCCCUGCACAGGGACCAUUGAGCCCAGCGAGGUCGAGGAUUUUGAGUUGAGCUUCACUGGGGGUGUCCCCGGCCCGACCAGCCAGAACCUACUGUGUGAAAUCAAAGACUCCCCGUCGCCUGUGGUGUUGCACAUCAAGGCAGCCUUUAAGGGGCCUGCCCUCGUCAUCGACGUCUCAGCCCUGCAGUUUGGUUUGCUGCGGCUGGGCCAAAAGGCCACCAGCUCCAUCCAGAUUCAGAACGUCAGCCAGCUCCCGGCCACGUGGUACCUGAGGGAGAGCCGCGUCUGCCUGGGAGAACGGCAGGCGGGUGUGUCUCCCUUCGACAUCGAGCCCUCGAGUGGCCUGGUUCCGUCGCUGGGGAAGUGCAGAGUGAACAUCACCUUGGAGGCCCUUCACUGCCAGCGUCUGCAGUCUGUCCUGGAGCUGGAGGUGGUCAACGGAGCCUGGAGCUACCUUCCUGUGUAUGCCGAGGUGCAGAAGCCCUACGUGUACCUGCAGAGCAGCCGGGUGGCUGUCACAGACCUCUACCUGGGCGUGCCCGCUAAGGCGACUGUCACUCUCAUCAACGGCACGCUCCUGCCCACUCGGUUCCACUGGGGCAAGCUCCUGGGUCUCCAAGCAAGCUCCUGCACGGUAAAAGUCUCCCCCAGACGUGGCACCCUGGGCCCCAGUGAGGAGCGCCAGCUCAGCCUGGAGUUGACCACUCAUACCCAGGAAGAGUUGACAGAUCUGGCCCUCCCUUGUAACGUGUCGGGCAUGAAGGAACCACUGGUUCUGGGCAUUUCUGGGAAACCCCAGGGACUGCAGGUGGCCAUUGCCAUCUCUACAGAGGACCCUGACAGCAGUGUUCCCAGCACAGAGCUGCAGCCAGGCCACCCAGAGAAGCUCCUCCUGGACUUUGGCUCGACAGUCCCGCUGAGGACCUGCGUGAACCGUUGGCUCACCCUGACCAAUUGCUCCCCAAUCCAGACCCCUUUCACCCUCACGUUUGAGUACUUCGGGAGCCCACCAAACAGCCUGAGCCAAAAGCCCAGCCUCCCCAACAUGCCUCCUGUCCUGCUGAAGACGGCGCGGAUGCGGGAGCUUCUGGCCAAGCGAGAGCAGCUGGAGUUUAUGGAAAGCAUGUUGUCUCACGGAAAAGGAGCUUCCUUCUUCCCCCACAUCUCCCAGGGCGUGCUGGGGGCCCACCAGCAGCUCGGCAUCAACAUCACAGCCUGUGCGAACAUGUGGGGCGAGUACUGGGACAACCUCAUCUGCAUGGUGGGAGACCUGCCUCCAACAGUCAUCCCGGUGCACAUGGCGGUGGUGGGCUGCCCCAUCAGCUCCCUGAGGACCACCUUCUACACUACUGACCAGUUCCAGAAGGAGCCUGUCAUCAGGUUCGGCACCCAGGUGUCUGGAGGAGACACAGUCACCCGGAUCCUGCGCCUGAAUAAUUCCAGCCCCUGUGACAUCCGCCUGGACUGGGAGACCUAUGCGCCAGAAGACAGGGAGGACCGGCUGCUGGAGCUGCUGGUGUUUUAUGGGCCGCCCUUCCCGCUGCGGGACCAAGCUGGGAACGACCUCCUGUGCCCUGAGACGCCUGAGAGCAGCAGCUCCUGGUCACCAAGUCCCUCCGACACCUCCGACUCCAGCCACAAGGCUGCCCAGUCUGCCGAGGGCAGUUCCAGUGGCAGUGUCCCACAGAAGGUCAUCUCAGUCAUCCUGCAGGGGCACGAGGGGGUGCCCUCUGACCACUUGUUCUCCAUCAGCCCCAAGCAGGUGGUGGUCCCUGCCGGGGGCAGCAGCACCAUCCACAUCUCCUUCACCCCUGUGGUCCUUGGGCCCGAGGUCCUGCACAAGGUGGAGUGUACUGGCUACGCCCUGGGCUUCAUGAGCUUGGACGAUGAGGUGGAGAGAGAGCUUCCAGGGAGGCGCCGCCGCCUGCAGGACUUUGCUGUGGGACCCAUGAGGCUGGACCUGCACAGCUACGUGCGGCCCGCACAGCUGAGUGUGGAGCUGGACUACUGCGGCAGCAUGGCUUUCCGGCACCAGGCCAGUGACCUCAUCCCCGAGCAGCCCUGUUCUGGGGUGCUGAGUGAGCUGGUGACCACGCACCACCUGAAGCUGACCAACACCACAGACAUCCCACACUACUUCCGGCUCCUGGUCUCCAAGCCCUUCUCCGUUUCUCAAGAUGGGGCGAGCCGCAGCCGCAGGCCUCCUGGGCCCGGCUGGAAGCAGGAGUGCGAGGAGGAGACGGAGGCAGCGGGCCCACAGCUGGUGCUCUUCCCACAGGAGAACAUGCUGGUGAACGUGUCCUUCUCGCUCUCACUGGAGCUGCUCUCCUAUCAGAAGCUCCCAGCUGACCAGAUGCUGCCUGGAGUGGCCAUUCAGCAGAGCGCGAGUGGAGAGAAAGAGAUGGUGUUUACUCAGAAUCUGCUUCUGGAGUAUAGCAACCAGACCACUCAGGUGGUGCCUCUGCGGGCCAUUGUGGCCGUGCCUGAGCUGCAGCUCUCCACCAGCUGGGUGGACUUCGGGACCUGCUUUGUGAACCAGGCCCGGGUCCGGGAGGUCUAUCUGAUGAACCUGAGCGGCUGCCGGAGCUACUGGACCGUGCUGACCGGCCAGCAAGAGCCAGACAAGGACCCUGUGGCCUUCAGGGUCUCCCCAUGCAGUGGGCUGCUGGAGGCACGAGCAGUCCACGCCCCGCCCACCUCCAUCACACUCAAGCUGUCCUUCACUGCCAGGAGCUGUGAGCUGUACGAGUCCACGCUCAUGGUGGAAGGUGUGCUUGGUGAGAGUUCCUGCACCCUGCGGCUCCGCGGCCAAGGCUCCUACGAUGAGAGAUACGCGUCCCCCUGCCAGUUCUGAGGCUCCACCCUCCGCCCGCAAAUAAACAUGGCCCAGGACUAAGGAACAGGUCUGCUGGCCGGGACGCCCCCUGGAGGGCCUCUGAGCAGCUCCUGGGAUGGAGGGACCCCCUACCAGGCCCUAUGUCCUCAGCUGCUACAAGGGUAGGUCGUACCCCUGUGGAGCCCGCGGCAGUUAAGGAUCAGUAUUCAGGUCGAGCAGAGGCAAGCACAGCACAGCAAGAACUGGCCCCUUGGGAAAAACCACGGCUGCUGAGACAAGGUGACACAUUUACUAUGUCCACUGCACUCCCCAUCCCCAGGCAGUACACGGGCGACCUUCCUCUGUCCUAGCAAGAGGGGCCUCAUACCUCCCCGGCUCCUGCAUUGUUGGCUGAAGUGCCUUGAUUUGCCCCCACCUCCAGUGCUCAAUUUCCCAGGUGUCACUUCUGCAGUGUGGCCGCCAGAGCACUGGGUAGCACCUGGAGCCUGGGCUCCAGGGUACUCAGUUCCCAGGGUACUCGAAGACAGCGGCGGCUCCCAUGCCGGUCCCGAUGCACAUGGACACCACCCCGUAUGCCCUGUGGAAGCAUAACGUGUUGGUUGGGUGAAGGCACGAAGGGCAGAGGCCCAGCCACCAUGCUCUUUCCGGACCAGGCUGAUCUGGGGGGACCCAGGCCUUCGUGGGCACAGAGGCGGCCAGACCCCAGGGCCUGCCUGCCUGGGCACACGCACAGGGUGGCAGAUGCUAGCUGCACGCCAGGGUCCCCCGCACAGCUGGCUCUCGGGGAAAACAGGCAUCACGCCCUGUCCCCUCAGCUGUGUGUGUGGGUGCAGGCAUGUCCCCCUCCCUCUGACACCCCCACGGGAGUGGCCUCACCUCUUCCCGCGGCGCUUCAGCUCGUUGAGCAGCGUGAUGACCUGUCGCGCCCCAGUGCAGCCCAGCGGGUGGCCCAAGGCCACGGCCCCUCCCAGAGGGUUCACCUUCUCAAGGGGUAGUUUCAGCUUCUCCACACAGUAGACGGCCUGGAAGAAGACGGAGCAGUAGCUGUAGCCCCCCCUCCCCAGCGCACUGGCUCUAACUGGGCAGCCCAGGCAGUGUGGUGCAGCAAAGGCUCACCUGACUGGCAAAGGCCUCAUUGAUCUCGAAGAUGUCCACGUCAUCCACCAUCAGCCCUGUAGGUAAAGUGGGGGAGACCUAAGCUGUCCCAGUGGCCCCUUUGCAGCCUGUCUCCCCGGGGCCCCACCCCAUCCAUGGCCUGGGGGCUGUCUGGUGUGUCUGUUCCAGAGGGGUCAGUGGCUCCCCACUGUCGGGUCAGGAAGGGACGGGGUACGGGGUGCUCGCCUGCCCCACCCUCACUCUGCAGCACUCACAGCCCCCCACCCCCGCCUCUGGCAGCAGCACGCAAGGCAAGAGUUCGAUCCAGAUCCCUAGAUCUGGGUGAUCUAGGGUGUGAAGGAGCCACCUUACCUGCUUUUUGCAAAGCUACAGGGAUGGCAUAGGCAGGUCCAAUGCCCAUGAUGUCAGGCGGGACCCCAACCACUGCAUAGGACCUCAGGACACCCAGGAUGGGAAGGCCCAACUCUUCUGCCUUGGACCUCCGGGCCAACAGGAUAGCAGCUGCCCCGUCACUCACCUGGCUGGAGUUCCCUGGAGGGAAAGCAUAGCGUUAAGGAGGCCCGACGGCAAAGCUGAGGCGGUCCAGACCCUCCACCUGCACCUUGCCUGGUGGCUCCAGGCUCCCAGGGGAGGACACCCAGCAUGGAAGCAGCCCCUAGCCCAGUCUCACCAGCCGUAGUCGAGCCCCCCUUCUUGAAGGCGGGCUUUAGUUUGGCCAGGCCCUCCAAGGUGGUGCUGGGGCGGAUGCCCUCAUCCUGGGCCACAGUGAUGGUCCUCUCAGUGCCCGUGUCGUCAUGGACUGUGGUGGUCACAGGCACGAUCUCGGCUUGGAAACAGCCCUUGCUCUGGGCUCUGGCUGCCCUGCCAGCACCAUGGACAGCCAGGCUCAGGCUCCCGUGGGGUUAUCUUCCUUCCUGGGGUCCCUCCCUGAAGCCCCACGCCCUGCCCUUUGGGGAAGACAUGCAAACUUAGGCUACUAAAGUUGGGAACAUGCUCACCUUGGGGGAGCCCUACUACCUGCCUGCCCUGGGGGGUGGCAGGGAGCCCCCAUGGCUUUCCAGGGCCUUCUUGGCCAGCACACUCAGAUCAUCAGAUCCUGGCUGAUCCCAGUCUCAAAGGGGAGGGAGAGGAUUGAAAGUGAGGGCGCCCCUUGGAGCCCUUCACCCAAGAGGGACUAAGCCAAACUGAGGAUGGAGCCCCAGGAAGAUUUGGGCUGGGUUCUGCCAACUUUUCUGUUCGAUCCCACCAGCUAGAUUCCAUCUGUUCCCCACGUUUCCACUUAUUUAAAAUGACAAUAUUAACUACUUGAUGAAUCUUAGAAUUAAACAGUGUAAAAGUACAA